AUGGCAACGAAAAGAGAGAACGGUUGUACCCAGGAUGCACUAAGUCAAAAUGCUUGCGAAAAGAAAUCAUUUAUAUUCUUACGUAAAGAACUUCCGGUACGUUUGGCGAAUAUAAUGAAAGAAAUUGCUCUACUGCCCGAUAGCCUGCUCAAUACACGUUCCGUUAGUCAAGUUAGUUCGUGGUAUGUAAAAAGUUUCGAAGAUGUUUUGGAAUUCGAAAAGGCAGAUCCUACACAUGAGAAUCUACAAGAAUUCUGUCGUUCAUUAGAACACAUACGAAAUCGUCACAAUGAUGUGGUACAAACAAUGGCGCAGGGCGUUAUCGAAAUGAAAGAAACUCAGGGCAACAAUGUUGACUCAUCGAUGGAAACAUCGAUACAAUACUUUUUAGAUCGUCUCUAUAUGUCGCGUAUCAGCAUACGCAUGUUAAUCAAUCAGCACACUCUUUUGUUUGGUCAAUUUACCAGUGAUCAAGGACGUCAUAUAGGUUGUUUAGAUCCAGCCUGCCAAUUGUCAGCCGUUGUUUCUGAUGCCUAUGAAAAUGCCCGCUUUCUCUGCGAUCAAUAUUAUUUAACCAGUCCCGAGUUGGAAAUUGUUGAACACGAUCAGGUGUCUGGUGAACCAUUGCCCAUACGUACAGUUUAUGUACCAUCGCAUUUAUAUCAUAUGCUUUUUGAAUUGUUUAAAAAUUCAAUGCGAGCCGUUGUUGAGACGCAUGACAAUGAAAAUUGUGAUAAAUUACCGCCUAUUAAAGUGUUGAUUGUGCGUGGUAAAGAAGAUAUUUGUGUUAAGAUCUCCGAUCAAGGUGGCGGCAUUCCCCGUUCCCAAAGCGAUCAACUUUUUAAAUACAUGUACAGUACGGCUCCACAGCCUUCAAAAUCUGAUUUACAUACAGUACCUUUAGCCGGUUAUGGCUAUGGUUUACCCAUAUCACGUUUAUAUGCACGCUAUUUUCACGGUGAUAUUGUACUUUUGUCCUGCGAAGGUUAUGGCACAGAAGCUAUCAUUUAUUUGAAGGCAUUAUCUGAUGAAGCCAAUGAAUUGUUACCAAUAUUUAAUAAGACCAGCUCGAAAUUCUAUCGUGCCACAGUACCCACCGGUGAUUGGUCAAAUCAGGUAAAAAGUUCGAAAAAGAAGCGGGACAUAAUACACGCCUCAAUUUGAAACAAAGAAAUUUAAAAAGACAAACUGUGUUGCAAAAUUCUAAUUAGAAAAAAAUGCAAAAAAGAAAACAAAAAACCUUAAAAUAGACUCCCACUUUUUUUCUAGAUAUUAGUUGAACGAAAACAAAAAUAAGUUAAAAAAAACUCUGUGUUGUUAUAUAUUUUUUAUUAUUUUGUGU